AUGGAAAACUGCAUAAUUUUGAGGGAUGUUGUGAUCGAAAUUCUGGCGCGGUUACCGGUAAAGUCACUCAUUCGAUUUAAGUGCGUCUGUAAAUUCUUUUAUUCUUUGAUAAAGAGUGAUAAUCAUUUUAAGCACAAGCACUUUGAAAUUAGUCGAGCCAAAAGAGAUUAUGUGGUUUUCCAGCAUAAUAAGCCGACUUUUUACGAGGAUCGAGGAUUUGGUUUAGUUUACAAAGAAUCAGACUCUGAUGAGAUUGGAUGUGUAGAUUUAACCUUCCCAACUUCAGGGAUAGAUGAUGUAAGGUAUGCUGAUGGUAUGUUUUGUUUGUUUAACUACGUUAGUCUUGUCAAUUAUGUUUGGGAUAUUUCUAUAUGGAAUCCAUCCACUAGAGAAAUUAAGAAAUUACAAAAUAUCAAAGCACUAGACGGAUACCAUCGAGAGUAUACAACAAUGAUUGGAUUUGGGCUGUCUUCCAACAUGAUAGGAAAGGUUGUCUUGAUUUGGAUUACUCCCGAUCCAAUUGUAAUGGUUUGUAGUCUAGACGAUAAUAAUUCAUGUGGUUGGAAAAGAUUUAGUCCUAGUUUGGACAUUUCUGAUGUGGAUGAUCAUCGUAGUAAUUUGUAUUUAAAAGGAAAGUAUUAUUGGAGUUGCAAGAUCAAAGACCAAAAUCAAAUUGUUUGGUUUGACUUUGAUGAUGAGACUUUCGGGAAGAUUGAGUUUCCAGAAAUACAUUCUUCUUCAUGGCCAGCCAUUUCAGCUAUGAAAGAUACUAUUGCUUUGAUAAGUUGCAAUAUUGACAUGAAUCAGGAUCGAGGAUUUGGUUUAGUUUACAAAGAAUCAGACUCUGGUGAGAUUGGAUGUGUAGACCUAACCUUCCCAACUUCAGGGAUAGGUGAUGUAAGAGAAAUUAAGAAAUUGCAAAAUACCAAGGCACUAGACGGAUAUCAUCGAGAAUAUACAACAAUGAUUGGAUUUGGGCUGUCUUCCAAGUUCCAACAUGAUGGGAAAGAUUGUCUUGAUUUGGAUUACUCCCGAUCCAAUUGUAAUGGUUUGUAG